GACAUCAACCACAAAACUUCCCCUUUAAUUCCCAUUCCAAAUUAAGUAGCCAACAAAACCAUGCAAGCUCCUGCACUAAAAAGCUCUCUCCUUCUCUUCACCCUCUUGCUAUUCCUUUCAUCCCUCAACCUAGCUUCCUCCGUAUGUAACCCAAAUGACAAAAAGGCCCUCCUCGAUAUCAAACACCAUUUUAACAAUGUGCCCGCCUUCAACACUUGGGAUCCCAAUACUGAUUGUUGCAACAAUUGGUCAGGCGUUGUUAGUUGUGAUAAACACGGCCAUGUUACUACACUCGAUUUGUCCUCUUACAACCUUACCGGCUCAAUCCCUUCAUCACUCGGUCAGUUACGCAAGCUACAAACAGCUAACCUUCACACUAACAACCUCUCUGGUCAUAUCCCAUCCUUUUUCGGAUACAUGAAUAACUUACAAUUUCUUUACCUUUACGACAAUAAGCUAACCGGCCCUGUUCCAUCUUCCCUCUCUCGACUUCCCAAAAUAUCAGCGAUCAACCUUGGCAUAAACCACCUCACAGGGUCCAUCCCCAAGUCAUUCGGCUAUUUCAAAAGCACUCUAAUAAGCUCAUUAACCCUCUAUUUUAACAACUUAUCCGGACCGAUUCCACGGUCACUAGGGAAGGCGAACAUUCAAGUGAUAAACCUUAAUAACAACCAGUUCACAGGGGAUGCCUCGUUUUUGUUUUCGAGGGAUAAGACAGCGUUAUUCAACAUAGACAUAAGUAACAAUCUCCUUCAUUUCGAUUUUUCAAACGUUGAUCUUCCUCAAAAUUUGGCCUACAUCGACAUAACCCAUAACAACAUUUAUGGUGCUCUUCCUAAACGACUUGGGCAGUUGCCGUUGAAAAGCAUUGAUGUGAGCUUCAAUCACCUUUGUGGGAAGAUACCAACUGGUAGGCGAUUAAAGCAGUUUAGCCCUACACUGUUUUCCCAUAACAACUGCUUGUGCGGUCCACCGUUAGCACCUUGCCAUUAGUAACUUAUAAUUGUCUUGUAAUUCUUCCAUUUAUUUUUACUUGCAACAUUUCGACUUUUCAGUAGUUUGUACAAGCUAAGGAGGAAGACGUGAACCGGGAGUUUUUCUUGCAUAAAUUCAUAUUAUUGUUUUGCGAUAUCUAUACUAAUAUAUUAAAAGGCGUUUUGACAAACGUCUAUGUGCCACGUA